AUGAGCAACUUCGGUCUCAAUGCCUCUGAGCAGCGCGUGCUCGAGGAGCGUCUCGCCAAGCGCCAGAUGCAGGACUUCAUGGGCAUGUUCCACAACAUGUUCGAGGGCUGCUUCAACUCGUGCGUCGAUGAAUUCACCUCCAAGGCCCUCUCCUCUCGCGAGAACGGCUGCAUCUCCCGCUGCGUCCAAAGACCCUCGCCAUGCAGCAACGCCUAG